AUGUCCCCGCACCUGUGGCUCCCACUGGCCAUCUUGGCCAUCCACCCCACACCAGGAGCCUUGGAGGACUCAGCUUUCACACCUACCCAAGAAGAACCUGAAGAUCUGGACUGCGGCCGCCCAACGCCCUCAGCCCGCAUCGUGGGGGGCUCCGACUCGCAGCCCGGGGCCUGGCCCUGGCAGGUGAGCCUGCAUCACGGCGGGGGCCACGUCUGCGGGGGCUCCCUCAUCGCCCCGUCUUGGAUCCUUUCUGCAGCUCACUGUUUCGUGACGAACGGGAGCCUGGAGCCCGCGGCCGAGUGGAUGGCCGUGCUGGGCGUGCACUCCCAGGACGGGCCCCUGGAAGGCGCGCACGUCCGCGCCGUGGCCGCCAUCCUCGUGCCGCCCAACUACAGCAAAGUGGAACUGGGCGGCGACCUGGCCCUGCUGCGCCUGGCCUCGCCCGCCAGGCUGGGCCCCGUCGUGCGGCCCGUCUGCCUGCCCCGCGCCUCGCACCGCUUCGCCCACGGCACCGCGUGCUGGGCUACCGGCUGGGGGGACGUCCAGGAGGCGGACCCUCUGCCCCUCCCAUGGGUGCUGCAGGAAGUGGAGCUAAGGCUGCUGGGAGAAGCUGCCUGUCAGUGCCUCUUCAGCAGGAGAGGCCCCUUCAACCUCACAUUACAACUACUGCCGGGGAUGCUUUGUGCUGGCUACCCAGAGGGCCGGAGGGAUACCUGCCAGGGUGACUCUGGGGGACCCCUGGUCUGUGAAGAGGGCGGCCGCUGGUUCCAGGCGGGGAUCACUAGCUUUGGCUUUGGCUGUGGCCGAAGGAACCGCCCUGGGAUCUUCACUGCUGUGGCACCCUAUGAAGCAUGGAUCCGAGACCACGUGAGCGGCUCCCAGCCCGGGCCUACCUUUCCCAAACAGCCCCAGGAGCCCCAGCCUGGCCCGGGGGAGCCCAGGGAAGAGAACUGCACCAUCGCCCACCCAACGUGUGGAAAAGCUCCACAACCAGGAGCCUGGCCCUGGGAGGCCCAGGUGAUGGUGCCGGGAUCCAGACCUUGCCAUGGGGCGCUGGUGUCUGAAAGCUGGGUCUUGGCACCUGCCAGCUGCUUUCUGGAGUCCUCCGCCUCCCCAUCCCGCAGCCCAGCCCGCGACCUGGAGGCCUGGCGCGUGCUGCUGCCCGCGCGGGCGCGCGCGGAGCGGGUGGCGCGCCUGGUGCCGCACGAGAACGCCUCGUGGGACGACGCCGCCGACCUGGCGCUGCUGCAGCUGCGCGCACCCGUCAACCUGAGCGCGCUCCCGCGGGCCGUGUGCCUGCCCCACCCGGAACACUACUUCCUGCCGGGGAGUCGCUGCCGCCUGGCUCGCUGGGGCCGCGGGGGUCCUGCGCUGGGACCCGAUACGCAGCUGGAGGCCGAGCUACUGAGCGGCUGGUGGUGUCAUUGCCUGUACAGCCGCCAGGGGGCGUCAGUGCCGCUACCGGGAGACCCGCCCCACGCGCUAUGCCCUGCCUACCAGGAGGAAGAGGAGGCGGGCCGAUGCUGGAAUGACUCCAGUUGGAGCCUCCUGUGUCGGGAGGAGGGAACCUGGUUUCUGGCUGGUCUCAGAGAUUCCUUCAGUGGUUGUCUCCGCCCGCGUGCCUUCUCCCCACUGCAAACCCACGGCCCAUGGAUCAGCCAUGUCACGCGGGGAGCCUACCUGGAGGACCAGCUAGCCUGGGACUGGGGUCCUGAAGGGGAGGAGACUGUAACCCAGACUUGUCCCCCUCGCACAGUGCAUGGUGCCUGUGGCCUGCGGCCAGAGGCUCCUCCCAGCAGAGUAUUGUGGCCCUGGUUGGCAGAAGUGCAUGUGGCUGGCGAUCGAGUCUGCACUGGCAUCCUCGUGGCCCCAGGCUGGGUGCUGGCAGCCACUCAUUGUGUCCUCAGGCUGGGCUCCACAACUGUGCCGUACAUUGAAGUGUAUCUGGGCCGUGCAGGGGCCAGCCCCCUCCCACACAGCCACCCAGUUUCCCGAUCUGUCAUCAGCAUCCGCUUGCCCAGGCACUUAGGACUUAGGCCUCCUCUGGCUCUCCUGGAGCUGAGCUCUCGGGUAGAACCCUCCCCAUCAGCCCUCCCCAUUUGCCUUCACCCCAGAGGUGUCCCCCCAGGAUCCAGCUGCUGGGUGCUGGGCUGGAAGGACCUCCAGGACCGAGUCCCGGUGGCUGCUACGGUCUCCAUUUUGACACCACAACUGUGCCAUUGCCUGUAUCAGGGCAUUCUGCCCCCUGGGACUCUCUGUGUCCUCUAUGCACAAGGAGAAGAAGACAGGUGUGAGGUGGCCUCAGCACCUCCACUCCUGUGCCAGACUGAGGGAGGAUCCUGGGUCCUCAUGGGCAUGGCUGUCCGAGGGAGCAACGAACUGUUUGCAGCCAUUGGCCCUGAAGAGGCGUGGAUCUCCCAAACUGUGGGCGAGGCCCAUAUCCUACCGCACAGUGGCGCCCCCUACUGGUCACCCGGUGGUAGCAACCUCUGUCCCCCAGACAUGGCUGGAGCCUCAGGCUCUGCUCCAGCUGCUGCUUUGUUCCUACUCUUACUGCCUCCCCUAAUCCAGGGCUGAGAGGGAGGGCCUGGUGCCCAGAAUCAUUUCUUCCCUACCAUUCAGCAGUGCUGGAAUGUGGCCCAACCGGCUCUCUCCCAGGCCUGGAGAGGACCUUGUGCACUUAGACUACAGCAGCCUCCAGAUACCUGCGCUGGCUAUUUUGGGCCCAGGAAUCUUGGGAGGGUGAUGUGGAGCAGCAGACAAUA